GAAACCUACUAUACCCGGUAGCCGGAGAAACAGCAGGUCACACGUAUAAAAGGAAAUCAUUUCGUCCGAGCAACUUCACCACAAAAUAGAGGGGCUGCUGCUGCUUCGUUUUUUCUGGGUAUUUUGUUCUAAUCAGUUGCCUUUUUCUUGAAAUUGUUGGUUAUGGCGGUGAAGAAAACUUGCUCUCUUUGCUUAAUAUUCUAGAACUUGAGGUCGUCUUCGCUGAAUCCGACAUCCGGGGUUCUCACCGUUUACAGCUUUGGUUAGUUUCGAUACAGUAUGAGUGCGGUGAACAUCACGAAUGUCGCCGUGUUAGACAAUCCGGCGUCUUUUUUGACCCCUUUCCAGUUCGAAAUCUCUUACGAGUGCGUUACUCCUCUCGAUGAUGAUUUGGAAUGGAAGCUUAUCUAUGUUGGAUCAGCUGAGGAUGAGACAUAUGACCAACUUCUAGAAAGUGUUCUUGUUGGCCCCGUAAAUGUUGGAAAUUACCGCUUUGUCUUGCAGGCGGACCCUCCAGAUCCUUCAAAAAUUCGUGAAGAAGACAUUAUUGGUGUCACUGUGCUCUUGCUGACCUGCUCAUAUGUGGGGCAGGAAUUUGUACGAGUUGGCUACUAUGUGAACAAUGAUUAUGAUGAUGAGCAACUGAGGGAAGAGCCUCCGCAAAAAGUCCUAAUUGAUAGGAUUCAAAGAAAUAUAUUAUCAGACAAACCCAGAGUAACAAAGUUCCCUAUUAACUUUCGCCCUGAAAAUAGUGAAAGAGAGGAGCAAGCCCCUCCACCUGAUCACGUGGUUGAAGAAGAAGAUCCAAACGAAGGGCAAAUGCCUUUGCCUAAGAGUAAAUUAGAUGAAGAUGGAGCCUAAAUGAAGAUGUUAACUUUUUUUCUAAUGUUUCUGUUUUGGUUUGACAGUAUUGUGCCUUGGAAAGUAUCUCAUCCGGGGUUCUUGUGGAUGAUAUCUGAUCACUAAAGCCUGUCGUUUUUAUUCUUUUUUUUCUUCCUCUUCUUGUGAUAUAUGUAUCAAGUCUAGUCGCAUUUUGAAGCAGUUAACCUUUUUUGGGGUUAAGAAGAAACUGUAUGUAGACUAGAUACCAGUUUUGGCUUUAUAAUUUGGUCCAAAAUGGUUGAUAUGCAGACUCUAAUGACCUUAUGGAA